AUGGGGUGGUUAAGGGUAAAAGAGGUGUGUAUUUUGGUGAUGAUUCUAAUGGUGUUGGUUGAGGGCCAAGAAAAUGAUGAUUUCAACACUAGUGAUCCAACGGUCAUGAAGCGGUUGACGGAGUUAGCCAACCUCCGUGUCUCCACCGUCACGUCUAAUCUUAUACACACGCAGAUGGCUCACAAGGCCACUUUUUGUGUCACUGACCCGGAAGAGGAGUGGAAUAAAUCUUUUAACUAUUCUUCUAAUUUGGAUUUCUUGUCCAAAUGCAUUACUCUAACUCAAGGUGAUUUGGCACAGAGAUUAUGCUCAGCAGCAGAGCUGAAAUUCUACUUCACAAACUUCAUUGCUAACACAAGAUCAGCAGCUUCCUUCCUCAAACCAAACAUCAACUGCAAUUCGACCACUUGGGUUUCGGGCUGCGAACCUGGAUGGGCUUGCACUCUUGGCACCAAUCAGCCUCCCACUCUCACACAAUCCCAGCAAAUUCCGGCCCGAACUAACAACUGUCAGCCUUGCUGCGAGGGCUUCUUCUGCCCUCAGGGCCUCACAUGCAUGAUACCUUGUCCGUUGGGUGCUCACUGCCCCCAGGGGGUUCACAAUGCCUUGACUGGAUUAUGCGACCCAUAUAUGUACCAGUUGCCUCUCGGGCUGCCAAAUCAUACGUGUGGAGGGGCUAAUAUCUGGGCGGAUGUUAGCAGAGGCGGUUCCAUGUUUUGCUCUGCAGGCUCCUAUUGUCCAACCAACACACAAAAAAUCCCUUGUUCUAGCAGGCACUACUGCCGUAUGGGAUCCACUUCUGAGACUCGAUGCUACAGAUUGACAUCAUGCAAUGCCAACACAACAAGGCAGAAUAUAAGCCAAUAUGGAUGCAUGUUGAUUGUUGGUAUCAGCGUCAUGCUAUUCGUCUUCUACAACUGUUACGGGAAAGUCAUCACAAUCAGGGAAAGGAGGUAUGCCAGAUCAAGGGAGACUGCAGUGAAGAGCAUGAAGGAAAGUGCUCGAGCACAAGCAAGAUGGCUUGCUGCAGUGGAGACUAUCAGAAGGAGAGCAGCCGAGAUUUCCCAUUCAUUUUCACGUAAAAAUAUCAUCGUACCUAAUGAUCUGCAGCUUAGUGAUGUGUCUGGAGUAGAAGCAGCUUAUCCUCAAGAACGGGAAAUCGAAGAGUUUCCUGAUAGUUUUGAACACGUGGAUCCAGAAACUGGAGGUGUGGACCAGAAUGAGGUUAAGGUGAAACAUAUUAGGACAAAUACUCAAAUUUUCAAGUACGCUUAUUCUCAAAUCGAAAGGGAGAGAGCUGUCUCUGGAGUGAGUUCAAUGACUAUGGUUAGUGAGGUGAGGAGAAGGCCUACAAUUGAGAUCGCAUUCAGAGAUCUUACAGUGACGUUGAAACAGAAAAAGCUACGUCUUUUAAGGUCUGCCAAUGGAGAAAUACUGCCUGGUCGGAUCACUGCUGUUAUGGGGCCAUCUGGGGCAGGAAAGACGACCAUGCUCUCAGCCCUGGCCGGGAAAACAGUUGGAUGCUCGGUAGCUGGCUUGGUUCUGAUAAAUGGGGAGGUGGAGUCAAUACGCUCGUACAAAAAGAUCGUUGGAUUUGUGCCACAGGAUGAUGUUGUUCAUGGGAAUUUAACAGUGGAAGAGAAUAUCUGGUUUAGUGCCAAUUGCAGACUUUCAGCAGUUCUGCCAAAAGUAGAAAAAGUACUUAUUGUUGAAAGAGUCAUUGAAUCCCUCGGGCUGCAGCCAGUGCGGAGCUCCUUGGUUGGCACUGUGGAGAAACGAAGCAUCUCUGGAGGGCAGAGGAAGCGCGUGAAUGUGGGGUUGGAGCUAGUGGUGGAACCUUCACUCUUGUUCCUAGACGAACCAACCUCUGGAUUGGACAGCUCCUCAUCUCAGCUCCUUCUCAGAGCUCUCAAACGCGAAGCUCUUGAAGGCGUGAACAUAUGCGCAGUUGUCCACCAGCCAAGCUAUUCCUUGUUCAACAUGUUUGAUGACUUGAUACUUCUAGCUAAGGGGGGCCUCACUGCCUACCAUGGGGCAGUUAGGGAUGUCGAGGAUUACUUUGCAGGCCUUGGUAUCAAUGUUCCCGACCGCAUCAAUCCACCAGACUACUUCAUAGAUGUUUUGGAAGGAAUGGUGAAGCCUCACACCAGCACUGGUGUAACCUAUGAAGAGCUUCCCCUUAGAUGGAUGCUCCACAAAGGCUAUCCCGUUCCACCAGACAUGCAACGGACCAUCUCUGGCGUUGGUCUGCCUGCAAACUAUGCCAACUCAAGAAAUCAAGAAAAUCUAGAGUUCUUGCAUAAUCUGAAAUACAGAGUAGAAGCACUGCUUGAUGUAGUAGGCAACACCUUCUUGAAGCCGAACGACUUGUCUAGGAGGCAAACUCCAUCAAUUAUUGCACAGUAUCGAGACUUCCUUGCAAGGGUGGCCAAGCAACGCCUUCGAGAAGCUAGAAUCCAAGCCAUAGACUAUCUCAUACUGUUGCUUGCCGGUGCUUUUAUGGGUCUCAUUGCUAAAUCAGGAGAUGAAAACUUUGGCGCUCCUGGUUACACCUACACUGUUAUAGCUACUUCCCUGCUGUGCAAGAUCGCGGCUCUGAGAACGUUCUCUCUGGACAAGCUGCAGUACAAGAGGGAACGAGCUUUGGGCAUCAGCAGCCUUGCACAUUUUGUGGCCAAGGACACAAUAGACCAUUUCAACACACUGAUCAAGCCAUUGGUGUACCUCUCCAUGUUCUACUUCUUCAGCAAUCCAAGAUCAACCUUCCUAGACAACUACAUCGUCUUGCUUUGCCUCGUUUACUGUGUGACGGGUGUAGCUUUCACGUUGGCAAUCUUCCUAGAACCCGGUCCAUCUCAGCUGUGCUCUGUGCUUCUACCAGUAGUUCUGACUCUCCUCUCAACUCAACCCAAAGACAGCCAAUUUAUCAAGAUUUUGACAAGAAUGUGUUAUCCAAGCUGGGCUUUAGAAGCAUUCAUAGUCUCGAACGCUAAGAGCUACCACGGUGUGUGGCUCAUACAACGGUGUGGUGCACUGCUCAAAACGGGCUACAAUUUGCACGACUGGGCUCUUUGUAUAUCGCUCCUUAUAGCUACUGGUGCAGGUUGCCGCGUUUUUGCUUUCGUCGGUAUGUUAGCAUUACAGAACAAGUGAAAGCAAAGCAAAGGUGGGAAUUUGUAUUUGGGAUGUGCCUUGCAGAUAUUGAUCAUAUCUCAGCUCACAAAUUGUAUAUGUACAAACUCAUACUCCAA